AUGGCUGAGACUGCCCCCCGGAAGAUCGUCGUUGUGGGUGGAGGAGUAGCUGGAAUAUCCCUUGCACACUACCUCUUACGGCACACUCUACCAGCGCUUACUGAGCGUCUGGGACAGCCGUAUCAUCUCACACUCGUUUCGCCCUCAUCUCAUUUCUACUGGAAACUCUCUGCCCCACGGGCCCUGGCAGACUCGGAUCCGAACGACACCGAGCCGUUUAUUGCAAUUGCAGACGGUUUCCAAGAAUACUCUGCAUUGCAGUUUACCUUUGUCCAGGCAGAGGCAACUUCUAUCGACGAGAAAGCUCGCAUAAUUCAUCUUCAGUCGCCGAAAAUCAAUGAGAACACCCCUGUCGAGUAUGAUGCCCUGGUCAUCGCCACUGGGACAUCCUCUCACAGCCCAUUAUUCUGCCUGAAGGGCCCACACACCCAGACAAAGCAGGAGCUCCAACAUAUGCAAGAUUGCUUGCGCGAUGCCGAAUCGAUCCUAGUGGCAGGCGGAGGCCCGACAGGUGUCGAAACGGCGGGAGAGCUCGGGGCGAUGAGCAAUCGCUGGUCCGGCCCAAAGAAAUCUAUCACCAUCCUAUCGGGCAAUGACCGGCUGCUAUCUCACGCCAGCCCCGGGACCUCCGCCACAGCUGAGACCAUGCUUGGUCAGAUGGGCAUCGUCGUCAAUCAUGGGCUUCGGGUCACUUCGGCGAUCCAGAGAGAACAAGGUCCGAAGUCUUGGGAUAUCACCUUGAGUGAUCAAUCUACCCGAACAGUCGAUGUCUAUAUUGAUGCCACUGGGUGUGCGCCUAACACUGCAUUUUUGCCGUCGGCCUGGCUCGAUACAAAAGGCUUUGUCAAGACCGAGCAGUCUAGUCUCCGCGUAGACGAUGCAGCCGGAGUUUACGCAUUGGGAUCUGUUACUUCUUUCACGAACGGGAGCUUCUUCGACGCCGUUGAGCCUGUCCGACCCCUCGCUGAUAGUAUUCGGGACGACGAACUUGCAAUCAACCCCGAGGCGUCCCGUCGGGGCCAAAGCUGGUGGGAAUCGAUCUUUGGUCGUCGGACCAGGGCUUAUCGGCAAAAGGGGUCGCUAACGCAGUUUGUCGCUGUGGGGCGAGAUGGGGGCGUCGGGGAACUCGGAGGCUGGCGCGUGCCGAGCGCAUUGGUGGGUAAAGCCAAGGCGAGGACGUUGAUGGUGGAGAAAAUGAGCCCGAUCAUGCACGGCCAGGAUUUCCGUCGGCCCUAG